UUCUCCAAUUUUUUCUAUUGCUUGGCUAUAGUGCGGGCGUUCUGUCCGCUUGCUGCCCACAAUAUUUUACACGCCUUGGUGAAAGAUGUAUACGCAUGUCUCACGAAAAGGUUAACUUUUAUGUCGCUGAUCGCAAAUGUCGUGCCAUGAAUUCCACUUUGUUGGUAUAUGAAACAGAAUAUCAUCAAAACAUAACGACAAUAUUGCUGCGCGAGAUGGGAUAUUCAUUUAGAAACGGCUUACAGGAUGGUGUUUGGAUGGGUAUUACUUCUUUGGGGCUAACUAAACAGUGGGUGCUCUCCGACGAUGGCGCAGAGUUAAGCUAUAAGAAUUGGCUACCUAUAGAGUCAGAUACCUCCGAAGAUAAAGGCGAAUGUGUAGUCUAUACAAAGACAAAACGUUAUGGCUAUAACGAUGCCAGUUGUUUGUCUCUCCAUAACUAUGUCUGCGAAACAAGACGCGUUUGAGCUCCGCCGAAUGCCAACUAAAUAAAAUUAUAAUAUAUUGCAUAGUUAAAGUGCGCAACUAAUGUAGCGUAAAAAAUAAGAGUAGUUAGACAUUAACAAUGAAAAAUUGAGUUGUGCUGCAAACAAAUUGUUGUAAACAGAAAGCAAGUGGUAAAUAAGAAACAUAUAA